AUGCUGCGGAAACUUGGGGCCUCCGCGGUGCUUGCGCCGGACACAGAGGCGGGGGGCUGGGCUGGGGGCUCCGCGUCGGGUGAGAAGCCUUCGUGUGUUGGCAGAAGGGACCCCUUCGUGAUCCUGACGCCCAAGGAAUCUGAAGAGACAGAGCCAGAGACGCUCGAGACCCCGAGUUUCGACGUGAAGUCGCGCGAGGACUUGGACAACUUGAUGAAGGCCUUGCACGCGCAGGCCAAAGCGUCUGAGAAAGUGUCUGAGGAGGGCGGCUUCUGCUACGCCAAGGAGUUGUCACCCUACCACCUGGUGCCAUGCCCGCGCCGGGAGGAGGACGAGCACUGGGUGGUGGUUGGCGAAAGCGGUUUGAUGUACUGCAGCGCAGAUGGCAUUGAAGACUUCAUCAGCUACGAGGAGCACUUCCGCGAGCGCCAGCUCUUCCGGCGCAUGCGGCGCCUGAAGUGGGCCCAGCGGUUCCAGGUCUGCAAGUGCUUCGCCCAGUGGAGCGAGAACGCCCGGCGCCAAGCGUUCGAAGAAGCCCAGGGCGGCCUCGAGGAUAGGCUCUUCCUUCUCAACGCCACUACCCAACACGCACUGCUGUGGCUUCAGCGCUUUUCCGGCGAGAAAUUUCACCGCCUCACCGCCUUGGACGCCGACCUCUUCGGCGCUGGAAGCGGCGCAGGUACCAGGCCGAAGCGCGUGGGGGAGUAUGCCAAAGCGCUGGCGCAGGGCUGCGCGGGGGCACGGAAAGUGGCGCUGGCGCUGGACGAAGGGCUCGAGAAAGGCCUCGCGCACGUCUGCGCGGUGAUUCUCCGGCCGCAGCUCGAGGCGGAGCGUGCGCUGGCAGAAGAGGUGAAGGCGCAGGUGGAUGGCCUGCACUCGCUGUUCCCUGCCACAGAGGCUGAGGUGGGCCUAGGCUUCCCGGAGCAGGUCACCGCCGCCAUGCGCGCGCGCCUGCAGCGGGAAUGUCAUCGCAUUUGGAGGUUCAUUCGUCACUGCACCUUCCUCGUGGAAGGCCGAUUGCGGGACAUGGCCCGCAAGGAAGUGCAAAGGCUCACUUCAGCGCUGCUGUCCUCGCCCCGCUCCUUCGCACGGGGAGAGGAGUGGCGAACCAGCGGCAGGACUCCAACUGUGCGGCGCCGCGCCCUCUCCGGCCAGCUGCGGGAACUCAAGGACAUCGUCUUCCAGCUGGACCUCACCGGCACGGAGCAGAUCUUCUCCCGCAGCUCUGCGGAGCACCUGGCGGUGACGCCCAAGGCAGAGGAGAUCUGCUCCUGGGUCCUGCAGGCUUUGUCCAGCAGCGUCCACGCGGUGCAAUCCUUGAGGAUCCCUACCUGCAGCAAGGCUCUGCGCCUGUAUCACCAGGUGGCCAGCGCCAACGGCCUGACACAGGACGAGCUGCCGCACUGGCCAUGCUAUGAGCUCUCCAAAGACAUCCUUGACGAGGAGGCCUCGCAGGAGGCGCUCUUCCAGGUGUUAGAGCGCCUGGAAUGCGCUUUCCAGCAGCUCGCAGCCAUCGAGGCCCAGCUCCAGGUCUUGGCGCGGCGCUAUGUGGCGGCUGUGGCGCUGAACGACCAGGGCACUGGAGAGCCACUGCUGGAGCUUCACGCGCAGACGGCGCAAGUGGCCGCGGCCAGAGCGGAAGCGGCGGCGAUGCAGGAGCAACAUCUGGUGCAGGGCCUGGUGCUGGACUGCUCCACAUUUCGGGAGGACUUGCUGAAGGGCAGCCAGGAGCUGCUGGAUGCGCUGACUCUGCGGGUGCAAGACGCCAUUGAGGCCUCGGCACAGCCGGUUUGGGCCUGGACGUCGCAGCACGAGCCGCGGGUCGCCGAGCCGCCGCCGCCGGAGAUCGAGCGCUUCUUGCUGCAUCUGGAGGAGGUGGAGAAGCUUGAGCGGGAGUUCCCCUACUACAAGCGCCAGGUGCAGCAGAUGCGUCAACUCGAGGACCUGGCCGAGGAGAUCGGCUCACCGUUGGAGUCCCAGUACGGCACGGCCGUGCGCAGAGCCAAGGAGCAGGUGGACAAUUUCGAACGAGAGCUCUUGGAGAAUCUGCACUGGAUCAAGGUGUCUUCGGAGAGGUUUUUGCGGCAACUGGAUGAGGAGAAGCCGAAGAUCCUGCAGCAACUGGAUCAGUUCAUCACCGAGCUGUGCGAGCCAGAGUUGCUGACUUUGCGCUCGACGCUUUUCGGGGAACUCGAGGCGGACGACAUGGCGCCCAGCAAGGCCUUGCUUCUGGCGGAGCACCGGGGCGAAGACCUGAAGUUCGAGUUCCGGGACGAGCAGGAGUGGGAGUGCAUUACUUCAAGACAGGUGGAGCUUCGGGAUCGGCAGCGGCAGCUGACGGAGCUAGAGGCGCUGGUGGAGGACUGGUCCAGCAAGCACCGCGCGCUGCAAGUGGACGACCCUGGCUGCGAGGAGAAGCUGUCGGAGGCACAAAACACCUUGGGGCCGCUGCUGGAGAUUUGGUCUGCCUGCGCCACCUUCCUUGAGGUGCUGACCUACUGCGGGGAGACAGAGAUCUCCAUGCUGGACGAGGAGCGCGCAGCCAAGUGCCAAGAGAUGGCCGAGCAGUUUGAGGACCUUCCCCCCGUCUGCCUUUGCGAAGAGCUGCAAACGAGGUGCGAAAUCUUGCAAGAGGUGCUCAGUAUCGCCAGGAUGCUGGAGGAUUUCCAAGAAGCCCACUGGGAGCAGAUGGAGGGCAGCGUGGACAAAUGGAACAUCCAGACAGUCAAGGACAUCCAAAGCAGGCUGGAAAGCUCCGACAGCCUCUUGCUCGAGGACCUGGUGGCUCUGAAGCUGCUGAACGUGCGAGAGGAGCUGCAGGCGGUGCACAAACAGGCAGUGCAGCAGAAGGAGAUUCGGGAGCAGAUGCAGGAGCUACAAAGUCGUUGGAGCCGCGCGCGGCUCCUGGUGGAGCGGAAGGGCGAGGCGAAAGAAGAGCCCUUGUCGCCCGGAAAGCGCCGGAACUCGGUCUCGCUCACGGAAGCGCGGGCCGUGUACAACGGCCUGCAGAACGGUCGCACAAUGCUGGAGGAGUUGGAGCAGUCGAUGAUCGCUGCGGCCUUGUUGCUGUCCAAGGCGGAGGGCGGUACUGCGCUGCUGGACGAGCUCUUAAAGCAGGUGCUUGGCUGGCACACGGACCUGGUGAAGAUGCAAGAAGUCCUCCAGGACUGGUUGAAGCUGCAGAAGUUGCGCGUGAAGCUUCGCUUUGUCUACAACCUCCCAGUCAGCAGCCUAGCUGAUCAGCUGGACCUUUGCCACAGACCUCAAGGAAACUCCUCCGAUACCGAAAACUCCAUGUGGCCUGCGUCCCCCGACAUGAAAGAACUCGGGGUCCGAAAAGGCCAAUGCCGCAAGAGGCGCGAGAUUUGUAGCGUGCUUUCUUCGGAGAUGCGGCGCCUCGAUGAUCUUGUGAGCUAUAGCCCGCGGGAGAUACAGCAGACGCGGGCGGUGGAGGUGCAGGACUCGGCGCUGCUGCUCUCCGCGGCCUUCGCGGUCUUGUCCUGCGGGGCCUUGUGCAGCGGCUAUUCCGCCCUGGUGCCCAGCCUGCUGGAGGAUGGGGCCUUCCACGAGGACUGCUUAGAGGAAGAGGUCUGCAGCAAGCAAAUGUCCGACCUCACGCACAUGUACACCGUUGCCAAUUCCUUGCUGAACCUGGCGGCGCUACCGACGGGGCUGUGUCUGGACCACUUCGGCUACGGCCGCUGUGGGCUCUGCGCGGCUCUGGCCAUCGCCCUCGGCGCGGUGCUCUUCUCCUUGGGCGGCCCCGGCCCGGGCCGCGCCGCUUACACCACGGGCUUUUCGAUGAUGGCCAUCUUUGGGCCUGUGAUGAGCUGCGCAGGCUACACCUUCGCCCAGCGCGCCCUGGGGCAUCGGGGGAUCUUCAUCGCCGCCUUCGCCGCCUGUGCCGAGAUGUGUCCGCUGCUCUUCGCGACCAUGGCGUGGAUGAGUGAUCUGGGCACUCCCUUGCCUGUGACCUUUCGGUUGUUCGCCCUGCUGCCGCUGCUGGUGUCUCUUCUGGCGGUCACUUUGUGGCCGCACCGCGGCGACUCGGAGGAGCAGAAGACGCUGCUGGCCACCCACGAGGCCCACGAGGAGCUUCAGGAACUUUGCUCCCUGGAGUUUGCCUUCCUGACCCAUGCCAAGAGCGUAUCCACGCUCGCGAUGAGCUUCUUCAUGGGCACGCUCUACUCACAGCUCUCCGUCGCGACAGAUGUCAGUGGGGCAAGAAUGCUGAAUCGUGGCUUCGCGUUCCUGCUGCCACUGGGCGGCGUGCUGGCGGCGCCUGUGGCUGCGCUUGUGGUGGACUACCUCGGGCCUACUUCCGCGUACUUGCUCUUCUGCCUGUGCUACAGCCUCUUCUCCCUGUGCUUCACUGCCUUUCUGCAUGGCCAGGGCGUGGGUUGGGCGCUGGCGUCCUUUCUGCUCUUCGGGCUCUCUCGCCCGCUCUACUCGGUCUCCAUGGUGGGAGUGGCCGGCAAGAAGGGCGGCGUGAACUGGGGCAGCACCAUCUGGGGUAUGCCCACGGCCAUUGCCGGCCUUUGCUGCUUCCUCGUGACGCCUCUCGCUGACCUGGGCCGAAACGGAUCCUUCGGGCGACUCAAUGCCUGGCUGCUGCUGCUGCGCCUUGGAUAA